AGGAGUGUCAGAUAUCACAUAGUUUUCUCUAGAAUCAGGUGACACAUUGAAAGUCUGUAGUGAGUAUUCAUAAUCGAAACUUGUUGGCUAGAUUAAGAAAAGACAUUAAUGUCCAAAACCUUUGAAGACAGGAGGGACUACAUUUGAAUUAUAGAGAGAUGGAUGUGGGGCCAUUUAGCAGGAAACAGUGGGCUUCACAGUCUUUACGGAUCACAGCCAAAGAGAUCUCAUUGGUUGGGAGCCGUGGCAAGAACAAUGCCAUCACUGAGCGUUUUUCCAAAUAUCAGAAAGCUGCUGAGGAGGCAAGUGCAGAGAAGAAAAAAUCUUCUGUUGACAGUGCACCUUUGUCCCUGCGAUCAGGAAACCUGAGUGUACUGAAGAAACGCUGGGAACAGACACAUCAGGAGAAAUCUGCUCCCCAGCUGAGUGUGGCACCAAUGAGACUGACGCCUCGGCCUGCUUCCUGCAAACCCAGCAAUCCUCCAGAACCAUCUGCUUCCUCCAGCAAGCUCACGCGACUGCCCAGCCUGACUCAAGAGUCAACCUCCCAUGAAAGACCUAAUGCGACUUCAUCUGAUCUAUGUUCCCCUGCAGAGAAACCAGCCCUGCCCCUCAAAAACCUUAAAAUGAUGUUUGAAAAGGACAAAAGCAAGGUGCAAAAAGAAGUGAACACCAGCUCAGAAGAUGUGGAUACACAAAUGGGAAACAAAGGUACGUCCAGUCUGAAGCGCAGUGGCUCGAUCAAGGACAGGAUGGCGAAAUAUCAAUUAUCCGUCACCAGACAGGCUUCUUUUACUGUGCCACGCACUGCAAGCCAGUCAGAAACGGAGGAAAGUGUUCCCUCCAUGGAUCAUAAGGAGAUUUCGCCACCUGCUGGUGAUGGACAGAUAGUGAGCCCACUCCCUGAGUCAAAAUGCACAAAGAACAAUGGUGAACAAGUACACUUAUCGAGUCCUAAUGUGGCAACUCCUGUAUCAGAGAACAAAGAGCCUCCUAAGGUGUCCAGGGUGCAAAAAGAAGUGAACACCAGCUCAGAAGAUCUGGAUACACAAAUGGGAAACAAAGGUACGUCCAGUCUGAAGCGCAGUGGCUCGAUCAAGGACAGGAUGGCGAAAUAUCAAUUAUCCGUCACCAGACAGGCUUCUUUUACUGUGCCACGCACUGCAAGCCAGUCAGAAACGGAGGAAAGUGUUCCCUCCAUGGAUCAUAAGGAGAUUUCGCCACCUGCUGGUGAUGGACAGAUAGUGAGCCCACUCCCUGAGUCAAAAUGCACAAAGAACAAUGGUGAACAAGUACACUUAUCGAGUCCUAAUGUGGCAACUCCUGUAUCAGAGAACAAAGAGCCUCCUAAAGUGUCCAAGGUGCAAAAAGAAGUGAACAGCAGCUCAGAAGAUGUGGAUACACAAAUGGGAAACAAAGGUACGUCCAGUCUGAAGCGCAGUGGCUCGAUCAAGGACAGGAUGGCGAAAUAUCAAUUAUCCGUCACCAGACAGGCUUCUUUUACUGUGCCACGCACUGCAAGCCAGUCAGAAACGGAGGAAAGUGUUCCCUCCAUGGAUCAUAAGGAGAUUUCGCCACCUGCUGGUGAUGGACAGAUAGUGAGCCCACUCCCUGAGUCAAAAUGCACUAAGAACAAUGGUGAACAAGUACACUUAUCGAGUCCUAAUGUGGCAACUCCUGUUUCAGAGAACAAAGAGCCUCCUAAAGUGUCCAAGAAAUUUAAUCCGCCUGUCCAAGAAAAAUGUGUUUCCUGCCAAACUACUGUUUACCCAUUGGAGAAACUUGUGGCCAAUCAGCAGAUUUACCACAAGACUUGCUUCCGCUGUAUCUUUUGUAGUACCAAACUCAGUCUGGUGACUUAUGCUUCCCUGCAUGGUGAUAUCUACUGUAAACCUCACUUCAGCCAGCUAUUUAAGUCUAAGGGCAACUAUGAUGAGGGAUUUGGCCAUCGACCACACAAGGAAAUGUGGACACCACGAACAAACGAGGAGGAACCUGAGAGAGAUGAAAACUCAAAGCAGUCUGUGGUACACUCUGUGUUAGUGAAACCUACAGAACAGUUGAGCCCUAAAGUGGAGGAAUCACAACUGGUCAAAUUCACUGACCUCACUGCAGCUCCAGAGGCAAAAAGUCAAACCAGCUCAGUGGAAAAACCACAAACCCCUUCUGUGGAAACAAGAAAAAUUAGAGUUGCGUGGCCACCUCCUGCAGACAGUGAUGGAAGCUCCAAAGCCUCCAGUCCAGUCACUGAAGUUGGAAAGGGUCCAUCCAAACUUUUCAAAGCGAAGUGGCCUCCAGAGGAGGAAGCCCUACCUGCUCAGCGGAGCCCUGAAAGAGCAGAACUGAAAAGUCUUCGACGUAGUUCCUCACUUAAAGAGCGGAGCCGUCCCUUUUCUGUGGCACCAAGGUUGGCAUUAUCCAAUGAUACAAAACAAUUGUCUAACAAGGUUGCUUUGGUCAGACGAGGCUCAUUGGAGGAGCUUCAUUCACAGUCAAAAGUGAAAACAGACAAAACUGAAGUGCAAGAAGAUGCAAGAAUGCCAGAUGAAAAGACAAAGGACAGUGAAAGCCAAUCCAAGAAGAAUGUUGAGAGUCCUGCCGAACUUGAUAGGACAGAAAAGAUGCCCUCCUCUAUUCUCAAGCAGAAACAACAAACAAAAAAGGAGGCUGAGCCACAGCAAACAAAAAAUGAAGCUGAUCUACAACAAACAAAUAAAGAAUCUCUGACUCAACUAACAAGAAAGGAGCCUAAGCUACAACAACAUGAGGUUUUGACAGGCCAUGUGGAAGAUGAGGAAAAAGCGGUGAAAUGCUUAAGCAAUUCUCCUGAGCUCCAGUCUUCCCAAGACAAAUGCUCUCCAACUGUGGAAGAAAAAGCCCAUAGGAAAUCCCAGGAUGUGGGCUUCUGGGAUGGUGAGGAGGCUGAGGAGUCCCUAACUGUAGAGGAGAUGAUCAAGAGGAAUCGCUAUUAUGACGAUGAAGACGACGAGGAAGAAGAGGUGGCAAUAGUUUGACAAUAUAUAAAUAUUGUCAUCAAUCCCUUCCAUUUAUUUACUAUGAAAUUACAACUGGUAUAAAUUAAACAUAAUAAAAAAACAAGUACUUUGUUAUAUUUUAAUCAAGUAAUAUGGUACUGUACAUCUUUUUCUGCUUUCUUGGAACUUGGAGCUAUCGCUAUUUUUUGUAUUUUGUUCUUUCCCAUUCAUGAUAUAUUUUGGUUGCUGUAAAAAAAUACUUGUUUAUUAAUCUAAGAAUAUUUUGUGUUGAUCCAAAUUAACAUUUUUUUUCUCUUAUUCCCAGCCUUUGACAUUUUAAUCAAUAAGGAUAGCAGACAAACACAGUUUUGGUUACUCUCCUGGUCUGUGUUUUAAAACAUUUUAUUUUCUUUUUUGAAUGAUUAUUGAGCAUAUUGAGAUUAUUGAGUAAGUACACAAUAAACAUUAUUUCACUGAAAUUGGGGACAUAAAGGUGCAUAAUUUCAGUAAUAUGUUGAAUGAUGAAUGGUAUUGUAAUGUAAUUUUUUCACAGUGUACCUUAAACUCUAAAUCCAAACAUAAUGGUAAUAUUUUAGAUUAAGGUUUCAUGUGUAAAAACUUGUAAAACUGUUCAUUAAUGACCAAUAAAUUUACAAAUGCAU